UCACUGAUAUGAAAGAGAUGCUCAAUGCCCAAAUGGAAGAGCAAAAACGGAACAGAAAAAUAGCUGAAAAGGAAAGACAAAAGCUUCAAAAUGAGAUCCGCCUCAAAGCUGAACGAGACGAGCGUGAAAAUGAACUCAUUAGGCUUGAGACUAGACAAAGAGUCAUGAAUGAGAAAGCCAACAGAGAUAUGCAAAUCAUGCUAAAAAUGAGAGCUAGGGAAAUGGAAAUUAAAGAGAAAAAGAGAGUUGAAGAAGAAAUGCUUAAUAAACUCCAUCAAGAAAUCGAAGAUGAAAAGCAGCAGAAUAUCCAAAGAAGGAGACAAGAAAUGGAGGAUUGCAAAUAAAGUUAUUGAGUCCAUUCAGCAAAGCGAGUUAGUGAAGCUAGAGCAAAAGAAGAAGGAGAAAAUAGCUGAUAAUGAAGCUAUCAGAAAGUACCAAAAACACCUCGAGGAACAGGAGGAGAAACGCAAGAGAGAAAUUGAGAAGAAACAAGAGCUCAUGCAGAAAAGACUCAAUAAAAUGAAAGAGUCUGUUGUUGACAAACAAAAUUUAAAAGAAAAAGAAGAAGAAAUGAAACUACUCAAAUCAAUUCUUCAUAAAGAAGAACUUGAAAGGAUCAGAGAGAAGAAUGACCUGAUUAAGCUCAGAAGUAACCAAAAAGACUUCCGUGAUUACCUUGCUAGGCAGAUAAGAGAGAAGAAGCAGUUUAAAAAUUUGGAAAUAGAAAAGAAUAACGUAUUUAUGAAGGAGAUCCUAACAAGAGAUGCUAACGAACAAAAGGAGGAGAAGGCUAAAGUAGAGAAGCACAAGAACAUGUGAAAGAGAAAUCUUCAGGACCUUGACCAGCAGAUUCAGGAGAGAAAGGACAAUGUUAACCAGAUGACAUCCACUGAACUCCAGCUCAAUGCCAAACUUUUGAGUGAAUUGAAGCAAAGCUAGU